AUGAUGCUUUUGCGAGCAACAAGGCUAUUGCGUGUGGCAAAACGCACCGUGGCCUCCGCUGGUGCACAGGGGGCUGUGAAGAGAGCCACCACAACUGCUGCAGCACCUGUGGCCGAGUCCACGACCUUGCGUGAGGCCCGAGCAGCGGCAGCAACAAAAGCCACAGGGCAGCGUAAGCCCCUGCAUCACAGCCGCGGCGGCAGUGGUGAUAGCACCAGGCCUGUGACAUCCCUUCAGGCCUCCGCACAGCUGAAAGGCGUGCGAACGAUAUCAAAGGCGUCCAGUUUUGUGCCAGACCACCGCGAGAAGGUCCUGCAAAUAUUUCAGCGUUUGGCGGAGAUUAACAAUGCGCUUCAGGAAAGAUACAAGGCGCAGUCGUACCAGAUUGCUGUGGACAACCUAAAGAGGGAUGACUUCAUCUUUGUGCACCUGCCACCGAACAUUCUGCCGCCCGGCGUGGAUGACGCGAAGAGGACGGAGCAGCUGAACGCCGUGAAUGCGACACCGGUGGUGGGAGAGAAACUUAAAGCCAAAAUUGUGGAGAUUCUCUCAAUGGGUGACCUCGCCGAGCUCCACAGUUUGCAGGCAAAGCCCAUCAUUCGCGCCAUUCAGGAGCUCACGCAGGUGCAUGGCGUCGGUCCCCGUACCGCAGUGACAUUUUACAAGAAAUACGGCAUCAAAUCCGUGGCCGAGCUGCAACAACGCGUGAAGGAUCACGAGGCGGAGAAGGGUAUUGGAGAUGGGGAUAGGGAUGGUGGCAAUUGCGGUAAUAGUGGUGGUGCCAAGAAGGGUUCCAAAAAAACUUCAGCGGGGGAUGAAGAUCCUGUCCUGCACCUCACUGAGGCACAGCGGUUAGGGCUCAAGUACCAUCGUGACAUUAUGCAGCGCAUCCCGUACGAAGAAGUAAGACUGCACGAAGCAUUUUUAAAGCUGAGACUGCGGAAGUACCUGGGAAAGGGCUAUGAGCUCUCCAUCUGUGGAAGCUACCGACGGCGACA